AUGUCAUAUCGAACAAACAAUCAAUUAAUGACACAUUUGAGCGUCUCAGAAACGCACGACUUCCCGCUUCCUGUUUCAGAGCAACCGCCAAAAACUGAGCCUGAGGAAAGAUCUGGCGUGGAGACCGACAGCAUCGAGACCGGGCUGCGCAAGGUGAUUCGAAAGGACAGACUGGCGAGUCCUUUACGAGUCUCGUCCCCGUCCAGGAGCACGGCGUCCUCGUCGACGGACGACAGGACCCCACGAGCCGGUUCCGUCGCGCGAGAGAACAGCAACCUAUCCAAGACCUCGUCCGGAAGCAAGACGCCCAAGGACAGCAAUUCCAGCCCGGAGGGUAGUCCGCUGAACCGAGGCGGCUCGAUGCGCAACCGGGGUAACGGAACGGUCCGCAAGUCAACGCCGAGCGGAAGUCUCAGCAAAGCGCUGUCACCGAUACCGAUUCCCAGUUUCACGAAGACGACGUCCUUUGGCGGUAGCGCCACGUGGAACGGCCGUCAGACCAGGCGGCGAGCCAGCAUUCAGACGGACACCUUCUUGGAUCCGAGCUCGACGCCGGCCACGUGCGCCACGACGCCGAGUUUCUCGCGGAAGAGCCCGGGCAGGCAGAGUCUGCAGUCGCGGCCGAGCCUGAACGGAGUUCAGUACGAUAGGAACGGCAGGAGGAUCAGAGCGUCCGCUACGGGAACCGCGUCUCUCCAGUCGUCGCCUACGAAGGUGACGAAUCCGUUGCUCGAUCAGAUACUGCAGAAACUGGGCGACUUGAAGGACGAGCGGCAGAUGGUGCAGAAGCUGCAGGGCCUUCUGAGGGAUUAUCAGGCUACCUCGACCGACCGUGCUGCGAAUAUGGACUUCGCCAAAUGUGGGUGGACAGUAACGGGACGAUGA